AUGCCUCAGGCCAUCAACGAGUUGAACGUCGACUUCGAGGCGCAGAUCCAGGAGAUUAAGCGGUUAAUUUCGUCUUCAAACGAUGCCGAUCGACGUACAGCGUUAGAAGAACAACUACGCGAGUUAGAGAUCCAGAGGAUUCAAGCAGAGCAAGAUCAGCAACAGGAACAGUUGGUACCUGCUGCCUCCAGGAGAAAGAGCUUUCGACCCACAAGUGCCAAGCCACGGAUGUCUACUCUAACUCCACUGGCUGAAGACACCGAGGUCGUUUCAUCGUUCCACGGACUAGAAGCUCACCACUUGGAUGAUACCGGACUCUCGCUUGUAUCGGAGGUAUUCAGCAGUUCUUAUGAUGAGGCUUACAGUCCAGAAAAUGUGCUUGAGAACGGAAGUCGAACGCUGUGGGUGUCGAGUGGCAUGUUUCCUCAAUUCCUCCGAAUUGUACUGCGCGAACCCAAGCGAGUGGCCACGGUGGAGAUCACGUGUAGGCACGUUACCAAGCUUCAGCUACGCGCGUCAUCCAAUCGAAACGUUGCCAUUAACAAGAUGGCAGUGGUAGGAGAGCUCGAAGUGAGUGCUGCAGACAGUGGGAAGCUGGACACACAUCGAUUUGCAUUGACUCGUCGAAGUAACAAUGAAGCAAAGGGGGACGACGCGGAUGAGAAAGAGAACGCUGAACCUGUAGAAGCAAUCCAGAUAGACAUAGAGAGCGGGUACAGCGAUUUUGUAUGCGUGUACUUUGUCCGACUUCGUAUCGGAAACGCAGGAUAA